AUGACUGUAGAGGAAAGCAGCACUGGGAGUGCACAACAUAGGGACGCCCAUUUAGCUGACAGAAGGGCCCGACCGGUCGGUCGGGUGAGUGAUCGGCGGACCAAUCGAGUAGGCGAUCAACCGGUUAGGGAAGAGAGGCAACUCGGUGAAGAGGAUAGUCCCCGACUCCAAAUGGCCAGGAUGCAGGAAAGAAUAGAUCGUUUACAACAAGAGCUUCGCCAGAGAGUCGGCGCGGGAAAAGAACCAUCAUACUCGCUGGUUGCCACCCCCUUUACGGACGACAUCAUGAAUGCCCACUAUCCACAGGACCUCCAAAUCCCGCUGGCCCACACUUAUUCCGGACGGUACGACCCGCAAGAGCAUGUCGAUAUGUACUAUGGCAACAUGUUGAUGUUGGGAGUAAGCGAUGCGGUCAUUUGUAGAGCUUUUUUCGCUACCUUAGUCGGUAAAGCGGCCGAAUGGUUCAAGGGUUUGGAGCAGGGGUCGAUCAGGGACUUCGGUCAGUUGGCCGAUAAGUUUGUAAAGCGUUUCGCUGCAAGUAAAUCAAGAAAGAAAUCUUACUACGACCUCAUAGUUAAUCCCCCCCGAACCUAUGAAGAGGCCAUCACCAGAGCUAGGCAUCAUGCAGAUGCCACCGAAGCUAACAUGGCAAAGAGACGCGAUGAGCAGCCGGUCAAUCGGGACAGAGGCCACGAUCAAAGGAAAAAUAAACCACCGUUCAAACACGUCAAACAAUACGAUCGAUCAGAAAGUGUACCACGUUUCACUCCAUUGAACAGACCCCUGGUGGAAGUCUUGCAGUUUGCCGAGCAAUGCAAUCUGAUCCACCCACCGGAGCCGAUACCCGAGGGGGAGGACAAGAGAAAGUAUUGUGCUUUCCACAGAGUCAAGGGACACAAUACUUCGGAGUGCAUGGCCUUGCGCAUGCUCAUUGAACAACUCAUUCAGAAGGGGGAGUUGAGGCAAUUUGUGAUGAAGGAGGAUAGAAACCAAGGAAAAACGGAAAGGAAUGUGAUGAAAAGGAAUCUCGAAAGGCACGACAAAGCAUUUGUCCCACCUGGGUCAGUUGACGAGAAGGCGGUCGGAAAGAAACCAGUGAUCCACGUCAUCUACGGGGGCCCUGAAGGAGGCGACUCUUCACGGCAAAGGAAGCAAUGGGCGAGAAACUUAUACGUUGGGACGAUUCAUUCGGAACCCCGAGAGAAGAGAAAACGUACAGAGCCAAUACUUUUCAGUGACGAUGAUCUACCACUCCAUGGGGAAGCCCAAAAUGAUCCACUCGUCAUCACACUAGAUGUCAAUGGAACGGAUGUCCAGCGGGUGCUGGUUGACACGGGGAGCUCGGUGAACAUCUUAUAUUUUGAUGUUUUUGCUCUGUUGGGUCUAUCCACCGAUCAGUUAACCCCCAUUCGGACCCCGCUGUCUGGUUUCACCGGUGACUCAAUAGAAGCAGAGGGAGUCAUCAGCUUGAAUGUGGAGUUGGGCAGCCAACCAAAUGUGUUGAAGACUACCAUAGACUUUGUGGUAGUGAAAUUGAAGUGUGUUCACAACGCCAUACUUGGGCGACCAGGUAUCACUCGCGCAGCUGCUGUUAUAUCCAUGAACCACUUGUGCAUGAAGUUCCAUACACCCAAUGGGAUUGGAGUGGUUCGAGGAGACCAACGUGCUGCUCGGCAGUGCUACGUGCGAGCAGUCAAACAGUCGGACCGGGAGGAAGGAAGGAUUCACACCAUAUCCCAACAGGUAGACCGCGGGGAAGAGAGGGAAAAACCGCAACCUGCCUCAGAAUUGGAAGAGAUAGUACUUGACUCCGACCAACCAGAAAGGGUGGUUAAAAUCGGUCGGGGACUCCCUACAGACCUACGUGAGGACAUCAUCGGAGUGUUGCAGAAGUACAAAGACAUUUUUGCUUGGGGACCGGAAGACAUGCCCGGGGUUGAUCGGUCUGUCAUUUGCCAUCUCUUAUCAAUUUAA